UCACCAUUUACAACUACAACAUAGACUUCUCUAUUACCUACAAAAGUGUCCUGAAGCCAGAUCAUCAAUGGCGAUUCUCUGUCCACCCUACAAUUAUGGCACGGGAAUAUGGAACGAGCCUCAACAGCAGAUUUCACGCUCACAAUGUAGCAUAGACGAUGUGAAAAAGGCGCUGAAGCAAGGUCUAGAUCCUAACGUUCAAUGGAACGCAUUCGAGGUUGUCACCCCGCCUGCUAUUGGGAGAUUCGUGCCUAGUAGUUUUGAUCCUGAUUGUACUUGGGCAAAUUAUAACACGCCGCUUCAUAAAUCUUUGUGGCAUCAACAUUACGAUGCGGCAGCUCUCUUGCUAGAGAGCGGUGCUCGGAUCGAUCUAUGCAACGCACUCGGGAGAACAGUGCUACACGAAGCUCUUAACCCACCUAGCAAGCUUCGACUCAAGUAUACUUCUUCCCAUUAUGAAAAAGUUAAAUUUCUCAUCGAGAAUGGUGCAAAUAUCAAUGCCGAAACCGAGGACUCGUCCUCCCACAACAAGUAUACAUCUCGCUCUGGGAUCGUCCCCUUGCAUGAGGCUAUCAGGGCCUGGGAUCUCAAAAUGGUGAAAAUACUAGUGGAAGCAGGGGCGAGUCUUACGCAGUUGGCCCCAGGUGGGUGGACAAUCCUUGACCUUGCUCUACUGGAGAGAAAUGAGCCGAUCAUAGAUUUUCUCUAUAAGUCUGGUGCUCGACUUUCGGAAAUACCCAACUCGGAGGUCGAACCAACUAACCUACGAGAAAUGGCACAGGCGUUACUAGCGGACAAUAGUAUAUUUCCUUCACCUGACUAUCGGGAAGCGUAUCUCCACGUUAUAAGCCACCCCGAGUUUCUCUGCGCCUGGAAAGGGUUCUCUACAGGCUCCGUAUCAACAUGCCGGGUGCUUCUCGAAACAUUUCUCGAUAUUCUAUCUCGAAUAGCAGAGAAGCCAAAUCCAGAGAAUGUCCCGGGAGCUCCAACCUGCGUUCAAUGUGCCGCAUUUCUGAGGCAGCUAUCACUGGAAAUUUUAGAUCCGUUUGAACUUUACCCGGACCGGGACUCCCUUAGGCGGUCUGCAAUAGAUGGAUGCUGUCUAUGUGCGUUGUUUGAGGACGCUUUGGUUCAUAAAACUGGUAGAUGGGCGGGUCAAAGUUCGGCGAAGUAUACAAAGUUCGGAACAACACCCAAAAUUAUACUACUACCAGGCGAAAUAUCAUGGCGUCCCACGAUUAUCAUACACCACGAGAACCAGUCCGAGACUUUGAUAAUCGAUAGUAUGUCUGAUUCUUUUAUGAUAGACCACCAGCAAUAUCCGGACGACACCGAACUAGGAACAGGUUCAGCUCGAGCUUUUGAAACUGCUUGUUCUUGGCUCGAGAACUGCAGGUUGCAUCAUUCGAAGUGUAAUGAAUCAAAGGAUGAAAACCCUAUGUUACCUACCCGAGUCAUUGACGUAGGAAACGAAACGUCUGAGCCCUUACUCUAUCAGGGAAACGGGAGGCAUGCCCCGUACGUUUGUCUUUCCUAUUGCUGCGGUAGCUGUGACAACCUCAAAACAACAAAGGAGUCGCUUCUAGACCACAUGAACAUGAUCCCGCUCAGAUUAUUUCCACCGACACUACGUGACGCAGUUCUAGCCACAAGGCAGUUGGGGUUCCGUUUUCUUUGGAUUGAUGCUCUAUGCAUUAUACAAGAUGACGAAAAUGACAAGGAAAGAGAAGUAGCGCAGAUGCAAACUAUAUUCGCCAAUGCAACUGUGACCUUGUCAGCUCACGACUCUCGAGACUCUAUGGGGGGGUUGUUCCGUCCACGUCGUUGGAACUACCCCCCUAGUCCCGUCCAGAUCUCUUUGCGUAUUCCCAAACAGCAUAAACCAGUAAGAGAAACACAUAAAUAUGGCUAUUUUAUUUUUCCGGUCCAUGGAGAAAAGGAGCUUUAUAAGCCUGGUCCGCUCAGCUUUCAGGCGUGGGCACUUCAGGGGCAGUUUCUAAGCACUAGGAUAAUUCACUGGGGUCCCGGAAUCUUAUAUUGGGAGUGCUUAAGUUGCCAUGGAUCUGAAUCAGACCCCGAAGGUAUCACGCAUCCGUAUACAGAUCCUGAAAGUUUCACGAAUCCGUAUCAUAUCACCUACACAAAUUGUACACAGGUGCGCCGGCAAAAGCGUAUUGCGCAAGGACGUUUCCAUGAGAAUGAUCUUGGCUACAGCAGCACUCCCACAUUUGGCACACUCAAGACAGAUAUUGAUAUAAGAAGAUCAACAUACCUAACAUGGCAAGGCUUAGUCUCCGAAUACAGCUCACGAGUACUGGCUAAACAGGAAGACAAGAUUCCAGCAUUCCUAGGUUUGAGUAGGAUAAUGGAAAGAGCUCUUCAAGAUAAGUUCGUCGUAGGGAUAUGGAAGAAUUCGCAUUUCUUCCCUAGCCUCCUUUGGGCCGCCGAUAACUCAGAAGGAAACUCGAGGAACGGAAACUAUCCAUUCUGGACUUGGGCUUCUAUCAACGGCAAGAUAAAAUAUCCUAUAGUUGACCCAGAUAUUACCUGGGAGCCAUCAGACGUGGCUUUAGAUAUCAAAACGUCCGGCCCAUCCCAGAGUCAUGCAACUGGCAGUAUUACCAUGAGGAGCACUAUAAGGAAGUUCUCUUGGGUCAAUCAACUUUGGCACUACAAGAACAAGCCGCGAGGUUCCUUGUUUGGUUCAUUGCCACCCCGAAUAGAUAGGGAGAUAGAGUCUAGGUGGCCAGCGGCUUCAUUGAUAGUUCAAGCAUUUCAGGAUAUUGGAUCCGCCUUGCCAGAAUUACGGGCUCCAAGUAGUUGGGAGGAUACCGGAGACGAUAUUUAUUGUUUAGUUGUUGCUCGUAUCGGCCUGAAACCGCCGCCGAAGGCUGGGAGUCUUACUUUCCCUGAUCUACGGCCUGAAUCUCUUGUCUGUAUAUGUAUCACCCCUGUACGUCGUGGCGAAGAAACCGAGACCAAGGCACCGCAUAACACGUAUCGUCGUGUAGGAUUGUGUGAGUUUCGGGAUCAACCGGAGUUCUGGAAGGACGCCGUGAAGGGUGAAUGGGUGACCAUCAUAUGAAUUCCAGGUCCCAUUAAGGUAUACGCAAUUCUGAUUUUGUUUUAAGCAUAUAUAUUGUAGAAUGUAUUUAAAUUACAAUGCGGCAUCUUCGGCUGUUAUAAACAACCACAAUAAAAAAUGAUGAGAUGCCCUACGCAUCAAUAUCCGGUA